UUGUAGGCGCGCGUCCUGGGGGCGGGAGUCAGCUGAGCUACCCGGACAAGGUUGCGAUCACCUGGGCUCCGCUAACGGGAGCCGGGGGUCUCUAGGCGGCGGGCGUGGGGUGCGGGACUGCGCCAGGUCAAGGGGGAGCGCUCCUGAGCCACCUCGCUCUGUAAGGCGACAGCGAGAAGAUCUCAGGCUUUUAAAGAGGAGGAGGGCGGCGGGUCGCCAGGGUCUGUCCGAUCCCGGUGGAGGCUGGGGAGUCGCCGGCUCCAGGCGGGGCGACAGGGAUCCCUGGGGGAAGCCCCGUUGUGAUCCCUGGGGCGGCGAGUCCCCAGGCCAGGCACCAUGGCGUCCAUCCUGGAUGAAUACGAGGACUCGCUGUCCCGCUCGGCCGUCUUGCAGCCCGGCUGCCCCAGCGUGGGCAUCCCGCACUCGGGGUAUGUGAAUGCCCAGCUAGAGAAAGAAGUGCCCAUCUUCACGAAGCAGCGCAUUGACUUUACGCCUUCCGAGCGUAUCACCAGUCUUGUCGUCGCCUGCAAUCAGCUCUGCAUGAGCCUGGGCAAGGAUACACUGCUCCGCAUUGACUUGGGCAAGGCAAAUGAACCCAACCACGUGGAGCUGGGGCGCAAGGAUGAUGCCAAAGUUCACAAGAUGUUCCUGGACCAUACUGGCUUUCACCUGCUAAUUGCUCUGAGCAGCACUGAGGUCCUUUAUGUGAACCGUAAUGGACAGAAGGUACGGCCACUGGCACGCUGGAAGGGGCAGCUGGUGGAGAGUGUGGGCUGGAACAAGGCACUGGGCACCGAGAGCAGCACAGGCCCCAUCCUGGUUGGCACUGCCCAAGGCCAGAUCUUCGAAGCAGAGCUCUCAGCCAGCGAGGGUGGGCUUUUCGGCCCUGCCCCAGAUCUCUACUUCCGUCCAUUAUACGUUCUAAAUGAAGAAGGGGGACCCGCACCUGUGUGCUCCCUGGAGGCCGAGCGGGGCCCUGAUGGGCGCCCCUUUGUUAUCGCCACCACGCGGCAGCGCCUCUUCCAGUUCAUAGGCCGAACAGCAGAGGGAGCUGAGGCACAGGGCUUCUUGGGGCUCUUUGCUGCCUACACUGACCACCCACCCCCAUUCCGUGAGUUCCCCAGCAGUCUGGGCUAUAGCGAGUUGGCCUUCUAUACCCCCAAAUUGCGCUCUGCACCACGGGCCUUCGCCUGGAUGAUGGGGGAUGGCGUGUUGUAUGGAGCAUUGGACCACGGGCGUCCGGACUCCCUGCUGAGUGAGGAGCGAGUCUGGGAAUACCCGGAAGGGGUGGGUCCUGGAGCCAGCCCCCCCCUGGCCAUUGUCCUGACCCAGUUCCACUUCCUGCUCCUGCUGGCGGACCGGGUGGAGGCCGUGUGCACGCUGACGGGACAGGUGGUGCUGCGGGACCACUUCCUGGAGAAGUUCGGGCCACUGAGGCACAUGGUGAAGGACUCCUCUACAGGCCACCUGUGGGCCUACACCGAGCGGGCCGUCUUCCGCUACCACGUGCAGCGGGAGGCCCGGGAUGUCUGGCGCACCUACCUGGACAUGAACCGCUUUGACCUGGCCAAAGAGUAUUGUCGAGAGCGGCCUGACUGCCUGGACACCGUCCUGGCUCGGGAGGCUGAUUUCUGCUUUAAUCAGCGACGCUACCUCGAGAGCGCCCGCUGCUAUGCCCUGACCCAGAGCUACUUUGAGGAGAUUGCCCUCAAGUUCUUGGAGGCCCGACAGGAGGAGGCUUUGGUGGAGUUCUUGCAGCGAAAACUGGCCGGUUUGAAGCCAGCCGAGCGUACCCAGGCCACGCUGCUGACGACCUGGCUGACAGAGCUCUACCUGAGCCGGCUCGGGGCUCUGCAGGGUGACCCAGAGGCCCUGAACCUCUACUGGGAAACACGGGAGCGCUUCCGUGCCUUCCUCAGCAGCCCCCGCCACAAGGAGUGGCUCUUCUCCAGCAGAGCCUCCAUCCACGAGCUGCUCGCCAGCCAUGGGGACACAGAACACAUGGUGUACUUUGCUGUGAUCAUGCAGGACUACGAGCGGGUGGUGGCAUACCACUGCCAGCAUGAGGCCUAUGAGGAGGCCCUGGCAGUGCUUGCCCGCCACCGGGACCCCCAGCUCUUCUACAAGUUCUCGCCCAUCCUCAUCCGUCACAUCCCCCGUCAGCUGGUGGAUGCCUGGAUUGAGAUGGGCAGCCGGCUGGAUGCCCGGCAACUGAUCCCUGCCUUGGUGAACUACAGCCAGGGUGGUGAGGCCCAGCAGGUGAGCCAGGCCAUCCGCUACAUGGAGUUCUGUGUGAACGUGCUGGGCGAGACUGAGCAGGCCAUUCACAAUUACCUGCUGUCGCUGUAUGCCCGAGGCCAGCCAGCCUCACUGCUGGCCUACCUUGAGCAGGCUGGGGCCAGCCCACACCGUGUGCAUUACGACCUCAAGUAUGCUCUGCGGCUCUGCGCUGAGCAUGGCCACCACCGUGCUUGUGUCCAUGUCUACAAGGUCCUGGAGCUGUAUGAGGAGGCUGUGGACCUGGCCUUGCAGGUGGAUGUGGACCUGGCCAAGCAGUGUGCUGAUUUGCCCGAGGAAGAUGAGGAACUUCGCAAGAAGCUGUGGCUGAAGAUCGCACGGCACGUGGUGCAGGAGGAGGAAGACGUGCAGACCGCUAUGGCCUGCCUGGCCAGCUGCCCCCUGCUCAAGAUUGAGGAUGUGCUUCCCUUCUUUCCUGACUUCGUCACCAUUGACCACUUUAAGGAGGCGAUCUGCAGCUCACUGAAGGCCUACAACCACCACAUCCAGGAGCUACAGCGGGAGAUGGAAGAGGCCACAGCCAGCGCCCAGCGCAUCCGGCGAGAUCUGCAGGAGCUGCGGGGCCGCUACGGCACUGUGGAACCCCAGGACAAGUGUGCCACCUGCGACUUCCCCCUGCUCAACCGCCCUUUUUACCUCUUCCUCUGCGGCCACAUGUUCCAUGCGGACUGCCUGCUGCAGGCUGUACGGCCUGGCCUGCCGGCCUACAAGCAGGCCCGGCUGGAGGAGUUGCAGCGAAAGCUGGGGGCUGCUCCACCCCCCACCAAGGGCUCUGCCCGGGCAAAGGAGGCCGAGGGUGGGGCUGCUGCUGUGGGGCCAAGCCGGGAACAACUCAAGGCUGACCUAGAUGAACUGGUGGCGGCUGAGUGUGUGUACUGUGGGGAGCUGAUGAUUCGCUCUAUCGACCGGCCCUUCAUCGACCCCCAGCGCUAUGAGGAGGAGCACCUCAGUUGGCUGUAGGAGGUUGUUGCCUGAUAGGCGGGCGGGCAGUCAAGCACAGCUACUUGCCGGCUCUUAGGAAGGCCACGUGAGAGGCUGCUGCUAGGCUAUGGCUGUAGGAGGGAGUGGAGUUAUAGCCGUUGCCCAGGGGGUAUCAGCUCUGAGUGCACCUGCCCACUGCUCAUGCUGCUCUUCAGGGCUGCCUUAGAGCUGCUGUUACACCAGGCCAUCAGCCUGCCUCCCAGAAGAGGGCAUUAGCUGGAGAGGUCACAGUUCUGAUCGCCUUCCCAUCCCCUCAGCAUCUAGCAGCUCGGUUUUCCUUUUCACUCUCCGCACACUUCCUGUUCAGCUUCUAGAGCAAGAGUACCAUUCUUCCUUUUCACUCCGUGCCUCUUCUCUCUCAGAGGAAGCCCUCUCUUCUGUCUGCCCCCAGGUCCCAGAAGUGAAAAGACAACCCCUCCAAGUCCUGGGCAUGGGGCUGGGAAAGGUAGUGCUGAUGGUGGGUGUGGUCUUGUGCACACUGUUUGGUGUUCCGCUGUGAGGGUGCCCUGGGCAGAGGCCUCAUGGAGGACAGUGGGAGCUGGUGAUGGGGUGGAGAACAUUAAACUGUCUGCAUUGCACUAGUGGCUUGAGCUGGAGGCUUGUGGUGAUGCUGGGCUGAGUGGUGCGGGCCCAGGAGGGGCAGGGGAGAGGGGGGACACAGGGAGGCAACCUGGGUCCUGUAUGCUUUCAAGCCUUGGCACUUGUAUCUUCACCUGGGAGUGUGACAGGGUGAUUUUGCCUGUCCCUUCACUCUGUCCUCUCUGAUUAUUGGCUUCUGUUGGAAAUUACCACCCAUCAUCCUGUUCGGAACAGGGGCUGUUCUUCCCUUUUGCCAGCAGGUGGUGCUGCUCCCCACAGAAUCCUUUGUAUGCAGGCUGUUGGAGGUGCCGAUUUCUCACUGUCUCCACUGCUGCUUCCUCAUUCUGUUCCUUCCCCAGUUGUCCCAAGCAUUUUCGGGGUGUCUCCGUUACCUAACCGUGAAUCUAAGCUCCUCCUCCCACCUCCCUCCAUUAGUCCUUACAAAUGCUAGAUUCUACUUGCCCCUCUCUACCAGCUGGGAUCCCUGAGUGCCCAGGUGCUGCCCAUCUUUGAUACUGCCCUAUCACUGUCUGGCAUUUGACCCUAGUGUUGAGGUCCAGCAUGGAGGUGAGAGUGCCAUGGCCACCAUUCAUGGCAUUUGGCAGAUAGGUUUUUUUCUGUCUAGCUCCUGUAACCUGCCCCUCCCCCCAGGUUACACUUCUUUAGUUGUGGCUGGUAGCUAAGCCACAACUAAGGAUUCUUAGAGCGGGGCCUUCCUGUGACAUCAGCUGAACACCCUUUGCUCCUAACGCUGGUGUCCACAGUCCACUGCCCGGCUCUAUGGGUGUGGUCUGUUAGCUGCCAGAUUGAAAUAAAAUAACAAGUGAGUGUUCCUGGAA